UCUCCUUCACAAACAGCACAAUUCAUUGCAUCAUCAAAUACUUAAUUACAUCCAUCUUACAUUUGAUCAUUUUUCACUGUUCUUCACUCGAACAAUAAGAAAAAUGGGUUUCCGUUUACACACUAUUCUAAAGGGUUCAGUAACAGCUAGACAAACAACAUCAAAAUCAGUAGAAGUGAAAAAGGGCUAUGUUUCCGUGUAUGUUGGAGAGAAAUUGGCGCGGUUUGUAGUUCCUGUAUCAUACUUGAACCAACCUUCAUUUCAAGACUUGUUGAGUCAAGCCGAGGAAGAGUUUGGAUAUGAUCAUCCAAUGGGUGGCCUCACCAUUCCUUGCACCGAAGAUGUCUUCCAACACAUAACUUCUUGCUUGAAUGGACUAUGAAUCUUAUACUAUACGCUAGAUUAGUUGAGACAUUUUUCAAAUAGGAAUUUAUUUGACUUGUGAAGUUGUAAAUAUAUGACACUUUUCAUGAGAAAUGGAGAAAUAUUACCAUCUGAAUAUCAAAUUCAAAAAUAUACUGUCCUCUUUUUCCUUGUUUAA